UCAGCAGGACGAAAUAAAGAAAGGAAGAAGGCGGUAAAAAGUUUUUAAGUUCGAGCUGGAGGUCACUUCAGGUUUUUGUAGAUUGUUAUAUAAUUUGUAAAUUGAUUUCUAAAAGCAAUUCGUUUAUAACUCUGUCCAAUAUGCCUCAACCAAAUAAACGUCGAUUACAAGAAAUAGAUGAUACGCUCGAUCAUUUAACUGAAACCUUAAAACAGUUAGAUGAAUAUUCGUCAAAAGCCGAGUUUGAAUGUUCUUUGAUAACGGCUAAAUUGAAGAGGGAAAAGCUCAAAGCUAUGGCUGCAGCCGCACAAUCUCAAAUAUUGCUUGCUCAAAUGGAUGUAUUGAUUGCUGAAACAGAUUUGUAUUCCGACAUUCAACGGUUAAAAAAAAGUAAAAAAACAAAAUUGGACGAACGAAGUAAAGAAAAAUCAACUGCCUGCCGAUGCAAAUCAGCUAAAUCUGCAUCAAAAUCAGUUAAGAAGACUCAUAAUACCACCAAGGAGACAGAUCAAGACCAGAAGAAAGGUCCAGUAAUUGACGAAGACACUGCUUCCAAUGACACCGUCUUAGUCACACCACUAAACAUUGGCAACACUGAAUCUGUAAUUAACACUUCGGAAUCUAUCCUUAGCCCACUCUCAGGACGGUCUCAAGACAGCAGAGAUGUGAAGACAAGCACUGACAUCUUUAAUCUAGCCGACAAUGAAAUGAUCAAACAGUAUGAUACAUUACUUUCAAAUUCUAUGUAUGCAGAAUUCAACACGCCAUACUCAAAAAAUAACUCCUUUACACCAGAUGUAAAACACAAUCAUAAAACUAGUAAAAGAACAAGGUCUUCAAAAAGAUCUAAAUCUAAAGAAAAUGAGGUUGAAAAUAGUAUUAAGAACUCUUUGCAGAAAAAUAUAGUAUCUGCAGUUAAAGGAAUUGUUCAACAUGAUGAUACAGCUAUGACCCCUGUUCGACACAAUAUGCCUUCAGUCCUCACUCAGCCGAAAAGACCAUGUGUUGAAACACCAUGCAUGCCACAACCCAGUUUAUAUGUACGAAGACCAGUGUUUGAAGUUUUCCAUUCCAAAUAAUUCAAAAUGUUCUUUUUUUAUUUAAAUUUUAUACCAUUUGUUUUCUAGAUUAUUUUUAACCAAGC